GUGUCCUAAUGUAUUGAGGGACUAAGAUGCUAUUUAUAGCUCUUCUCUGAAAAACUAUAAUUUAGUAAAUAUUUUGCAGUUAUGGUAGGUUUUUUUGGCUGUUUGCAUUAGAUAAUUGCUUCCAGUGGCUGAAAUUAGGUCAAAUAGUCAAGUUAGCCACAUGCUCAAUGUUUGUAGUUCUCUCAUGUUUUUUCCCAUUUAACAUAUCAUCCAGUAAAUCCUUUCUUUUAUGUUGUUUAUUGUGGCUAAUGAUGUGGUUGGUUUUUUUCCUAGAACGUGCUAGUGAAAGCAUCUCUCAGCUGAAACAUGCCUUGGCAAAAGGUGAUGGUGACACUGGAUUUGAGCAGUCCUCUGUGGAUGAGGGCAGUGACAAUGUGGACAGGGCCUGUGAUGACUGUGGGACUGCAGCCAGUCAGGAACUGCAGCACAGUCAUGCAGUUAAUCAACUUAAAAUUUUGUUGCAACACCAAGAAAGAAUGGAAAGUGAAGAGUCUCCCUCAAGAAGGAAGAAGUCAUUCCAUAAACCCCCAGAAGCUGUACCUGCAGACUUACCAGCCCUUUCUGAUCUUGUUCCUAUAAUCAAUGAUCAGUCACAGUACAUUAACCAUUUGGAAGCAGAAGUGAAGUUUUACAAGGAGGAGUUGUGUGGGGUGAAAGAUCGAGAGCAGGCAGUUUUAUCUGAAAAUGAGGAACUCCAUCAGAAGCUGAAAUUCUUAACUGCAGAAUGCAUCUUGAGAGAACAAACUCUUCUAGAUACCUCAGCAAAUACUCAGAACUCCCGGCCUGUCGGUGCUAAAGACUGUAGCACACCCCAGCCUGUCACCUCAUCACCAGCACAUCACAAAGACCGGGCUUUUGUUACAGCAGCUUCUGGAGACCAAGCACAGUGGCCUGUAGAGCUGGACAAUCUAAAACUUCUGUAUCAAGAAAAAGUCAAUAUCCUUGAUGCUCAAAUACAGUCCCUCAGAAAAGACCUUUCAGAAUCUCAGAAGACAUGCAAAGAUUUGGAAGGAAGGCUGAAACACCAGAAGUCACUGUUUUCAGCCAGGAAUUCUAGCCAGGUGGGUGGUCUGUGCCUGAACUGUGCCCAGCACGAGGCCGUUCUUGCCCAGACUCACUGCAAUGUUCACGUGCAGACCAUCGAGAGGCUGAGCAGAGAAAGAGAUGACUUGAUGGAUGCACUUGUUUCACUGAGACAAAGUGUGAAAGAGAUGCAGCAAAGAGAAUCUAAUGCUUGUAAGCAAGUUGAACAUGCUGUGCAAAUGGCAGAAGAGGCCAAUUUUGAAAAAACAAAGGCUCUAGUCCACUGUGAGCAACUGAGAAGUGAGAUGGAACGACAGAAGAAUUAUCUUGAGAAGGAGUUGGCUGCCCAGCUGAGUAAGAGGGCUGAUGACAAAGAAGCACUGCGGCGAGAAAUGAAGAAGGAAAGGGAGGACUUGGCAGCAAUGGUGACAGCUUUGUCUAAGGAUGUGGCUGUUUUGGAGGCUCAAGUUGAGAGACUUACAAGGGAAAAGAAUUCUCUAGUUAACCAGUUAGAAGAAUCACAGGGCCAGCUUGCAUCUCAUGAAAUGGAGAUGAAUAAGGUGUGUGGAGAAAUGCGCUAUCAGUUGAAUCAAACCAAAAUGAAGAAGGAUGAGGCAGAAAAGGAGCUCAGAGAGUACAGAACAAAAACUAUAAGGGAGCUUGAAAUUAAGGACCAGAAAAUAGAAAAACUGGGAUUAGAGCUGGAUGGAAACAAACAGCGUUUGGAACAAGCCCAGCAGGAUGUGACAGGAGCCAGAGAGGAGUGCCUAAAACUGACAGAACUGCUGAGUAAAUCUGAGCACCAACUGCACCUCACCAGAUUGGAGAAAGAAAACAUUCAGCACAGCAUUAGCAAUGAAGCAAAGGCCCGAGCCCUUCAGGCCCAGCAAAGAGAGCAGGAGCUGACACAGAAGAUGCAGCAAAUGGAGGCCCAGCAUGAGAAAACUGUAGAAGAACUGGAUUCUUUGCUGACCUCCCAGAAUACAUUCAUAGCAAAAUUAAAGGAAGAAUGUUUUGUGUUGGCAAGGAAGUUGGAACAAAUGUCAGAAAAAUACAGAUCUGAAGUCAACCAGCUUAGUCAGGAAAAAGACUAUCUUCAUGGCAGAUUGGAGAAGAUGCAGAAACGGAAUGAUGAAUUGGACCAACAAUGUAUCCAGCAUGGGAGAAUGCAUGAGAGAAUGAAGUCAAGUGUAACAGGCACUGGAGGGAAUUUUGACACGCUUGUGGUAGCAGAGGAUGAAGUAAAGAGGAAGUUGAGAGACAACUCUGCAAAUCCAGUCAUCCAGGCUACCUCUUGUCAGUAGUCAAAGGCAAGAUGCAGUUUAACUUUAUUUGGACUUGACAGCCCUUACUGGGAAAAGUUCUGUUUACUUUUUUUGUCAUUGACCACCUGAGAGGAGCAGAGCUUGCAUGUAUUAAAGCAGCCAGUCCUGGAGGCUCUUUUCUUUAAAGUAUUGAUUUUUAAUUUUUUUUUUCCUAGCAUUUCUUUAUUCUGUCUGUCUAUAAUCUUUCUUGCAAGCACUUCAUGUGUUCAUUUCAGUCAUCCAGAACAACGUCUUUCCUUUUCCCUUUCAGAUUUCUAACUGUACCUCAUCCUGUUUUUCUGUAACCUUGGAUUGUCAUCAUCAUUUAUAGCUCAGAGAACAAAGAAAUUUAAAAUGCUGCAACUGCAUCCCUAAUCUGUGUAACCACACAAUCUUUCCAUUUAUUUCACCUCCCUUUUGAUUUCUUUAGUUAUGGUGGAUUCUUGCCAUAUGUAGGAUUCGAGGUCACUUUCAGGAGUCAAUUUUUUCCCCCCUCUUUUUCCUCCUAGCUGCUCUUCUGUAGAAUUUUGAGUAUUUAGUAGAAUUUAAAAGUGCUUUUCAAGUUUUUAGGGUAACCUUUCCCCUAUCUAUUUUUAUUAAAAAAAUAGAUCUACUGGAAAAUGUUGCUCAUUCUCUGCUGCAGCAGCAAUGAUUAUACACUAGAAAAGACUGAAAGCAUUAAUCCAGAACACAAAAGUGGUUUGAAAGCAGAGUGGUCAUGCUGCAGGCAAUGCCUUACCUUCUGCUGCUGUUUUGCAGACAAGAGAGAAAACAGAGCAGUAAUAGCAUUUGUCUUAUUUAAUAUUUUAGAAUAUGUAAAUAUGGCAGAGAUUGUCAGGUGUUCUAACCAUGAACGAUAUACUUUACUAGCAUUUUAGAAGAUGGCUCUUUUAACAUAUUUUUAAUUGUCGUCUUGCACUCUAUUAAUUUAAAAUCCAACUAAUAAGUGACAAGACU